AUGCCUCCUAAUAAAUUAAUUUAAAAAUAUAUACCAUCAGCAUAAAAUUUUGCUAAUUAUUUUGGAGGUGCUAUAAUUUUAACUAAAAGUAAUGCAUUAUAAUAAGUUGAUAAUGUAUUAGUUGAUUCAACUGAAGUGUAUAAUUAUUAUUAUUAAUAAGAUAUAUGAUUACAGAAUGUAAUUAAAAAGAUGUGUUUUUUGUUGUAUGUUUAAAAGAAGAGAUUUCUUUAGAAACUAUAACUUUUAUAAAUAAAGAAUUGUAUUCUUCAACCAUCAAAAACUUUUAAGUAUUUUAUAUAAUUUAAUACUUGUUAGGUCUAUGGAAGUGUUGUUUAUCCAACUAAAGAAUGGGAACUUUUAGGUAAUUUUUAUGCUGAAGAUUCUAAUGAAUGGUAGAUAUUCAAUUUAGAAUAACGAUUCCUUAGAUAUUUAAAAAUACAUAUUGUAGAAUUUCAUAAUGCAGAAUUUCAUUGUACUUUAACUCAAAUUAGGUUAAAUUUUGUUAAUAUUAAAUUUAGAGUAUUUGGUUAAACUGUUAUUGGUGAUUUGAUUGAUUCACAUAAAAGAGAUAAAAAAGUUAUUAAACCUGAAACUAAAACUGAAAACUCAACAUAAGAGUAAUAAGAAAUUAAUUAAAAUGAGGUUUCAGAAGAAGAAGAUCGAUCUAAAAAUGAUACAUGUUCAGUUGUUGAUUAUUUUUACAGCAAUUAACCUUCUAAAAAAAUAGAAAGUUAAUAUAUAAAUGUAUUACCCUAUGAAUCAAGAUAAUCACUAUUCAAAGUGACUGCUUAAAAUAUCUUAAUAUUGUCUCAUAAUGUAGAAUUAUUUAAAAAUGAAAUCAAUUCAAUUAAAUAAUAGGAUUUAUAAUAUUUAUAAGAAUAGGAUGAAAUCAAAUCUUUUUAAUAAUAAAUAAUGACUUCAAUUUAAGAAUAAAAAUUAGUUAAUAAUAAUUUAAAAGAAGAUUUAGAAUUUUUAUAUCGUAAAUUCUUAGCUAUGUUUAUUAUAUUAAUAGCAAUAGCAAUUAUAUUAAUUCUCAUAAGUUUUUGUAAUUAAAAUAAAUAAUAAACAAUUUAACAUAAUAGAGUUUCUACUAAAAUUUGUAGUACAAUAGUUAAAUCUUAACCUGAAUUAUUAACUCCUUAACUAAUUGAAAAUUAAAUUAAUAGAAAAUCUAUCUCAUAAAUAAAACCCUAAAAUGGAAAAUCAAAAAAAGCACAUUGA